AUGUUUACUCUCGCUGAGAGGAGCGACAUCCAGCAACAGGUCAGAAUCCAGGUAAACCGCUUCAGGAAGGGAGAGGAUGCACGUCGGCAGGAGCAGUCUACACAAUCAGGGUCAGGUGCAGUAGCAGCUGCUGGUCCCGCACCAAAGAGGAGAGCACUGGCGGAGUUUGAGGACGCGUGGGAAAAUGUCAGAGUGGACAACGAAGAUACUGAUGAAAUCCAGGUCUACCUCAGCCUCAACCCCACCAUGGAAGCUGAUGGAAGGGAUCUGCUGAGCUGGUGGAAGCAACACGAGACCACAUUGCCGUUACUGGCACGUCUGGCCCGCAUGGUCUUCAGUGUCCCGGCCAGCAGCAGCAGCAGCGAGCGUGCUUUUAGCGCAGCUGGAAGAGUCAUAGAGGAAAGGAGGACUGGACUUGCCCCUGAAACGGUGGAUGCAGUCCUUUUUCUGCACGAUGCCAAAUAG